GCCUCCCUUCAGCUGUGGCUGCAGUUGCUUGCUGACUCAUGGGCACUAGCAGCCAGCAGGAGCUGGGAACAUGGCCUCUGCAGCUGCUGCAUGGCUGCUGGGCUGGGGGCUUCUGGAUUACAAGACAGAGAAGUAUGUGAUGACCAGGAACUGGCGGGUGGGCGUCUUUCAGAGGCUGCUGCAACUGGGAGUGGUGGCCUACGUGGUCGGGUGGGCCCUUAUUGCCAAAAAAGGCUACCAGGAACAGGACCUAGAACCCCAGAUUUCUGUCAUCACAAAACUCAAAGGAGUCUCCAUGACCCAGACUAAGGAUAUGGAGAACCGCCUGUGGGAUGUGGCUGACUUUGUUAAGCCAGCACAGGGCGAGAAUGUGUUCUUCCUGGUGACCAAUUUCCUCAUGACUCCAGUUCAAGUUCAGGGAAGAUGCCCAGAGCACCCCUCUGUUCCACUGGCUAACUGCUGGGAUGAUAAGGAUUGCCCUGAAGGAGAGACAGGGACGCACAGCCACGGUAUAAAAACAGGUCAGUGUGUGGUAUUCAACAGAACCCACAGGACCUGUGAGAUCUGGAGCUGGUGCCCAGUGGAGAGUGGUACUGUGCCCAGGAAACCCCUGCUGAUCCAGGCCAAGAACUUCACGCUUUUCAUCAAAAAUACUGUCACUUUCAGCAAGUUCAACUUCUCUAAGGUGGUGCUGUGGGCAUCAGCAUCCACUGGGAUUGCGACCUGGACUCCGGGGGCUCUGACUGCUGGCCCCAAUACUCCUUCCAGUUGCAGGAAAAAGGGUACAACUUCAGAACAGCCAAUCACUGGUGGGAGGACUCAGGUGUGGAAGCCCGGAGCCUGCUCAAGCUCUACGGGAUCCGCUUCAACAUCCUCGUCACUGGGCAGGCAGGGAAGUUUGCACUUAUCCCUACGGCCAUCACAAUGGGCACAGGAACAGCUUGGCUGGGCAUGGUUACCUUCCUCUGUGACCUGCUGUUGCUGUAUGUGGAUAAAGAAGGCCAUUUCUACUGGAGGACCAAAUAUGAGGAAGCAAAAGCUCCAAAGUCAACUGUCAACACCUCAUGAACUGAGCCAGCUUUCACACCUGCAAGCUUGCUGCCCAGAUGUCCUAGUGGGGGCCAGCACCUCUCCCUAUAUCUGCUGCUGCUGUGAUUCAGACAUCCACUCAAGGUGUCCCUGUCUGGGCUGUUGGCAUCCACUGGCCUGCCCAUUCCUGUAGCGUGCAGCCACUCCAUGCUGGUUGAAGUUUGGGGGUUGGGAAGGAUGAGAGUCCUGGAACUUCAAGGAAAAAAGCUGCAGCAGGACUGGAGAGGGGGCUGUAGAGAACUCCACCUGCUCCAUAGGCAGACUCCUAGGUUCAUCUUGAGUCAGGGAGAAGGCUGAACUAGUGAUCACUAGGUCCUUUAGGAUCCUCUAUAUACAUUCUAGAGAUGCUGCCCUCCAACUCUAGCCCCCUGGAACCUGAUCACCAGGUUUCCCAGGAUGUGGAAGGUUGAACAUCUGGAAUUUUCUGUCUCCCAAGUCACUCCUGAGGAGCCUAUCUGGACAACCACCCACCCAACUUCACCCAAUUCCAAAGCACCUGCCUGCAAAAGGCUCUAAGCCUGGCCACAGCCCGAGUGCCAUAGCUGCAAGAAAGGACAUAAAGGACGCUGAGGCUCCUCAGGACUGGCCAGUUCUGGCUCUAGAAACUUCCCCAGAGGCUGAUUCCUGACUGACAGACUUUCCUCAUGUCCCAGGGCCCAUAGUCAGGAUGGCCAGGUCAGAGAUGCAGAAACCCAGACCUCUUUUAGUCCAAGGUAGGGGUAGAGUUUAGGUAGUGGGCACUCUUGGAAGGAGAGAAGCUGCUUUGUCAUGAAUACUUGGUGACCAGGGCUGAGGCCAAAGCUGCACCAGCAUUUGGGAUUGCCUGGGAUUGCUUUUUUGAGAGCCUUGGAAAAGCUUUUGGAAUUCCUGGUGCCGCACACCUAUCAGGGCAGUGGGCUCCAAAGGGCUGGAGUGAGGCAGCCUGGUAACUGGAGGUCGGUCACAUGAACCUAGUUUUCCUUGGGGUUCCAAAGAGAACUUAUGUCACUGCUGGAGUAAAGCUUGCCAAAGCAAGCAGCUUCCUGUGUAGUCCUUACAGGGAGGAAUGGGAAAGGGGAGGUGACUACCUUAGACAGAGCCCAGGCACAGGGACCUCAGUGGGGGAUAGAGUGGACCUGGGACUUUUCUGGGCAAUCUCUCCUCUCUGGUUUGAAGUCCCACAGCCACCUACUAGGCUAAAUGGUGGUAGGGACAGACUUAGACAUGUGAAUCUAUACACAUCUAGUGUACCAGUCAUUUUCUUAUCUAAGCCCAUGGACACUGUUGCUCUGGAGAUUGACAGGCAGCAGAGACCCAAAAGGCUUCAUCUAAAAGCCCUUCCAGACUGUGCAGAGACACUAGGAGAGUGAUCUGUGGAAGACUGAACUUGGAAACAGACAUCAACUCAGUGUGUACAUAGUGUGCACUCCCAGGAUAGUUGUGUGAGCCAUGCAGGAAUGCACCUGGGGAGGGGGGGAAUGCACCUGUGUACGGAUAUAGUUCAAUGUCCCCAGGUAGUCCUUGGGAACAUGCUUUGAUCUCUGGGAGCCUAGGAAAAUCAAGAGACUCUGGAGCCUCAA